CCUCUUAUAAAAGCAGUCUCUUGAAUCUGAAAAUUUUCAGAUUUCUGCAAUCUAAAAAAUACCCUCAAGAGAGAAACAAUGGAGGAAAUUAAAGUUGACAUUAUUAUGAGAAAUAUCAUCAAACCAUCUUCACCAACCCCAGAAAUCCAGAGGAAUUUCAAGCUUUCUCUCAUAGAUCAACUCACACCUGAAAUCUAUGGAGCCACCAUUUUCUUCUACACUCCCAACAACCAUAAUCAAAUCGAAAUCGAAACCACAGAAAUGUCGAAAUCUUUGCAAGAAUCUCUAUCCAGAAUCUUAACCAAGUUCUAUCCCAUGGCAGGUCAGUUCAUAGAUUCAAGCACCAUCGAUUGCAAUGACGAAGGAGCUUACUUUUUCGAUGCAAAAGUCAACUGUACAAUCCAACAAGUAUUAGAAAAACCAGAUCCAAACUUUCUCAAAAAACUCCUACCAACCGAACCCAAAACUGUCGAAUCUUGUUCACGCGCCGUCGCUAUUUUCCAAUUCACGGCCUUUAACUGCGGUGGCGUUUCAAUCAGCGCUUCAAUCUGUCACAAAAUGGGCGAUAUCAGUACCCUUUCAACCUUCCUUCAAGCAUGGUCAUCGGCGACGAUAAACACCGCCGGCGAUGUUCAAACCCCUGAAUUCAUCGGCGGAUCUCUGUUACCCAACAGAAACCUACCGAUCAUGACGAACGCAGGUUUAUCUCGUGGAAAAUGCAGAACCCAGAGACUGGUUUUCAACGGUAGAAAGAUGGCUGCUUUGAGAGCGAGAAUCACCGACGGUCGUCAAGCACCGUCGCGGGUUGAGGCUGCUUUGGCUGUGAUUCUGAAAUCUGCAAUCACAUGUUCUAGAUCUCUUUCUGGGUCGACUAAAGCUGCGAUUUUCUUCCAAACUGUGAAUAUAAGAAACAGAAUGAAUCCUCCUAUUGGGGAAAACUCAAUUGGGAAUCUGUUAUGGCAAUUCCCUGUUUUCAUGGAAGAAAGGGAGAUAAGACUAUACGAAUUGGUUGCUAAGAUGAGGAAAGAAAUGGCGGAUUUCUGCAUCAAUAAAGCUUCGAAAUUGAAAGGACAAGAAGGGUUGAUUGAAGUUAUGAGUAGUAUUGGGAAGUGGGCUAUUCAUUUGUUGACGAACAGAGAUAUUUACCGAUGUUCUAGUUGGUGUCGGACGCCGCUUUAUGAGGCGGCGGACUUUGGUUGGGGAAAACCGGUUUGGGUUAGCAGCGCCGGUCAGGAGAUGAGGAAUGUUAUUAUUUUGGUUGAUACUAAAGAUGGGAGUGGCGUGGAAGCAUGGGUGACGUUGGAUGAGAAAGAAAUGGAUGUCUUUGAGAAAUCUGAUGAGUUGUUGCAAUUUGCUUCUGUAAACCCUAGUUUGAUUUAAUUUAUUGUCUGUUUUUAUUUAAUUAUUGUCUAAAACAAAUUUACCCAUUUGCUUUGUUUGGUUUUUAAGGAAGAAACGUAAAUAAAUAUUGUUUUUCCUA